AUGCAGGGCUACGCAACGAGCACCUGCUGCCCGUCGGACAACUUUUACACAGAGAUGCGCGUUCUUGUCGAGCUACUAUUCGCCUGGCGUAUGACCAGGCCAGUAUACGAGCUGCCCAACGCCAGGUGGCCGUACCACAUCAAGCUCCAAACACUUGGACUAAUAUCUGGCGGUAAGAGACUUUCAACAGGCGCCAUGGUGGGCAUCGAAAUUUGCGCGUUCCGCGCGCCCCUCUUCGCUAUCGCCGGAGUGCUAUUCUUUCCUUACAAGUAUAAGAAGUUGAAGCAAAACCCUGCUCUCAGCGGACCCGAAUCGGCGGUCAUCCAGCCGAAAUCAGCGACGGAUGGCAUACCAGAAACAUCCCCACAGGAUGCACCCACGAUGACUCAGCAUAAGCACGAAAUGCCAAUGAAUCCUGAAUGCGGAACGCCUGCGGUAAAUUCAACGAUGUCGCUUAUGUUGAGUUUUGGGCCUAAUAGGGUUGCACAGGAGAAUGUGACCCCCAUGAAUUGCUAG